AUUACCUGUUUUCUACCAACAGUUCAAACCAACCCACUAAAACUGUGUAGUUAGCACUUAGCACUUUAGCAGUAUAUCUCUUGACUUUGAUUUGAUCAAUAAUGCUGGAAUAUUUGGCACAAUAAUACUUCUCUUCAGCUCAGUUGCAAAGUCUAAGGGUUGUCUAUUUUUGACAAACCAAAUUUCGGCGAAACUUGUAAAUCUUUGCUCCACAAAUGUGCAUUAUAUCCCCUAUAUAAGCCUUGUGUACCAAAAGAGAUGUUCAUUGCAACAUUAAUCAUACUAGCUAGUAGUACAUUUUAUUGGUAUUACUUGAAAGUGUAAGAAAUACACCAAUUGUCACAAAUGAAUACCGUUAAUUCAUCAGUAUGUAUCCUAGUUAUUACAAUACUAGGAGCUUCUUUGUUGGGAACAUGCAUGGCCAACAAGGAGGAAAAACCAUUGACAACACAACGUUGGGGCUGGGGUUGGGGGUGGGGACGAGGUCAGGAUACACCGCCUGCUCCUCCUGAAGGGCGAGGUUGGGUGUGGGGGCGAGGACAGGAAACACCGCCUGCUCCUCCUGAAGGACGAGGUUGGGGUUGGGGUUGGGGAAGGGGUCAGGAAUUGCCUUCUCCUCCCCCUGAAAGGGAGUGGGGUGGUUGGGGUUGGCGUGGGGGAAGGGGUAGGGGAAGGGCGCGAAGGAGUCAUCAUGCACCGCCUGUUGGUACCCCUCGGGGACAAGGUGAGUCCCCUGCUCCUGCUGGUACCCCUCGGGGACAGGCUGAGUCGCCUCCUCCUGCAGGUACCCCUCAGGGUGACUGCCCUUUCUCUAAGAGAAACCGCACAGACGGGCCUAACAAGAUUGUCGUAGGAGGCUCUAACAAUUGGAACUUUGGCUUCAAUUACAGUGAUUGGGCUCUCAAAAAUGGACCCUUUUAUGUCAAUGAUGUCCUAGUGUUCAAAUUCAAUGCACCAGUAAACGGGGCACCAGGCCACAGUGUAUACUUACUGCCAGACUUGCAGAGCUACUUAAGUUGUGAUUUAAGCAGAGGAAAGCGAGUGGCUACUACCACCCAAGGAGGUGGAAGCGGAUUUGAGUUCAAGCUCACCAAGUGGCAGCCUCAUUACUUUGCUUGUGGAGAACACAAUGGCAUCCACUGCAACCUUGGCAUGAUGAAGUUCUCUGUCAUGCCUAUCUUUCACUACUGGAACUAGUUACUAACAGUUCGCCGCAACUGCUAUGUUCUUGUCCCACCACCAGCCGAAGGCAUGUUACUGUGCUAGGGGAUUGGAACACAACACGACACGUUUAUUACAUUUGGUUUUAUACUUUUGUGUUUUAUUUACAUUUUGUUUUGAAUCAAUAAGACAUUUUGUGUUUAGAAAAUUGAACGUUUUGCAUUUUGUAUAUGUAACAUGUUUGCUGAUAAUUUCAAAGUAUCUGAUCAGGCUAGUAUUCUAUAUUUAUGGUCAUGUUUCAUGUAAUGCAUAAAGGUUUAUUCAAAGUGAUUUAUACUUUAAUUAAGGUAAUAAA